AUGAGCGUCCGCGACUUGCGGUCGCCCUCGGCGACGACCCCGUUGCUUCAAGCCGCCGAGCCGCACCCAUCUGCACCGCAUCCGACCCUAUCACCUGUAGACGGCUGCGACUCGAGCAAGCAGGGGCAGGCGCACAUUGUGGUAUUCGGGGGGCCAGCCAGCAGGCACGGGCAGGGGGCUCCGGAUGGCGAUGAGGGCGCGCAAGUGCGCGAGGAGCACUGGCGGGAUGCGCAGGUUCCAGGGCACGGCAGCGCGCACGCGGGUGCGCACGGGCCGCACGGCGAGGUGGCGCACGUGGGGUCGACGCGCAAGACGCUGGGCAACGUGGUGAUUUCGAUCGUGGGCGCGGGCGUGCUGGGGCUGCCCUUCACGUUCCGCCAGGCCGGGUGGCUCGUGGGGUCGUGCGCCAUCGCCGGCAGCGCGUCGCUCAGCUUCCACUGCAUGAUGCUGCUGGUGGGCGCGCAGUUGCACGGGGACGGCACAGGGGGGAGGGCAAAGGGGGGAGGGCAAAGGGGGAGGGCAAAGGGGGAAGGGCAAAAGGGGGGAGGGCAAAGGGGGGAGGGGAGAGGAGGGGGCAAGGCGAAGGCGGCGAAUGAGUCCAUACGGGAACGGGGAGGGGCUAGGGGAUAUACCAUCGCUCCUCGCGCGGUGCGGUGUCGGCGGCUGGUGGCGGAGAGGGGCGGGGCAGUGAUCAACACGUACGGCGACCUGGGCUACCACGCGUGCGGCCAGCUGCGGUGCUGCUUGGCACAUCACCACCCCCCUUCUUUUCCUGCACCCCUUCUUUUCCUGCACCCCUCCACCUCCGCCGCACCUGGAAUCCCCUUGCCCUCGCUCUCAUGCCAUUCACCCUUUUUCCUCGCAACCACACGCCACGCCACUACCUCCCAUGCUGCCGCAGCACCUUCAUGCGCCCCGUGCGUGCCUCAUGCACAUCACGCCUCGAGAGUGCUCUCCCGCGCGCCGUGCCUGCAUGUCCUCUGUGUGCAGGUGGGGCAGCGCGCGGUGGACGUGUUGGUGCUGGUGUCGCAGGGCGGGUGCUGUGUGGCGUACCUCAUCUUCGUGGGGGAGAACCUCGCCUCCAUCGUGCCCGCCUGCCCCACGCUGCCAGGCACCUCCGUCAGGACCACCCUCAUCCUGCUGCUCUCGCCCCUGCAGGUGCUCCUGGCGUGGGUGCGCUCGCUCACCGGCCUCGCGCCCUUCAGCAUAUUCGCUGACGUCGCCAACCUCCUUGCCAUGGCCGUGGUCAUCCGUGAUGACGUCAGCAGCUUCACGCGGCCCACAGCAGUGUACCCGUGGACGGGGCUGGCAGCGCUGCCGUUCGCCCUGGGCGUGGCGUGCUACUGCUACGAGGGCUUCGCCAUGACGCUGCCCCUCGAGGCGUCCAUGAAGGACCGCAGCAAGUUCCCCCUGGUGCUGGGCGGCGGCAUGUUCUGCAUCACGCUGCUCUACAUCGCGUUUGGCAUCGUGGGGUACGUGGCGUUCCAGGACAACACAAAGGAGAUCAUCACGCUCAACCUACCGCGCGACCUGUCGACGGACGUGGUGAAGCUGGGGCUGUGUGUGGGGCUCUUCUUCACCUUCCCCGUCAUGACGCACCCCGUGCACGAGAUCUUUGAGCGCCGCCUCAUGCUCACGCCCGCCUUCCAGCGCCACGUGCAGCCCUACCCGCGCCUGCGCCGCUUCCUCCUGCGCUCCGUGCGAACCCUCAUCGUGCUGGCGGCUGCCCUCGUGGCGGUGCAGGUGCCGGGCUUUGCCACGUUCAUUGCGUUUGUGGGGUCGUCCGUGUGUGCACUGCUGGCUUUUGUGCUGCCCGCCACUUUCCACCUGCAGAUCCUAGGCAGCGACGCCACCUGGGGAGCCAUUUUGUCUGAUUCGGCUCUCAUUGCGUUUGGCUUGGCCUUUGCUGCCUAUGGCACGUACUCCACCAUCUGGACAGGGUAG